GAGUACGGCCGCUGCAUGUGCCUCUACUCCUGCCUGAAACCGAAGGAGUGGUGGGACAACCGAGGCGUCGAGGGCUUCCACACACAGAACGACAUCUUCACCCGGCCCGAGGUCAUUCCGGCCACGCGGUACCGGGACGUGCUCAUGGCCCCGUCCCUGCUCGGCCUCUUCAAGGCCGGCAAGAUUCUCCCGCCAGACCUUAACCUGGUUCUCGAAAUCGAGUUCGCCCCGCCGGCCGAGGCGGUCAGGCCUGGUGAUGCCGGCUCCGUCGACUACGAGAUCCAGAACGUUCGCGUGCUGGCCUCGCAGGUCACGCUGGACUCCGCCCUGGUCGAGUCCUUUCGCCGCGUGCUCCUGUCCGGCAGAUCCCUGGUGUUCAGCUUUAAUUCCGUCCAUGCACACGCAAGUGUCCUCGAUCCCCGGCGCGGCGACCAGCCACAACGCCCUGUGCGGGAUCUGCGAAACCCCAGCCAAACCGAGGGCGUUGAAGGCACCAUGGAAUCGCAGACGCAGCUGGGAUCGCUCCAGUAUCCCCACAACCCCAUGUCCUCGACGGCCGAGCACUUCCACUUCCUCUCGAUUUUCGCUCACACCUAUGACUCCAGCAUCAAGAACAUGCGCAUCAACACGGACACCUACCGCUUCAGAGAGUUCAUCGCCGCAUUCCCUACGGAGAGGGUGCCGGGCAUGCCACUGAGCGGGAUCUCCACUAGAUCUGGCGAUUUGGCCCGCUUCAGCUUCAAAAACUUGGCUGCCGACGCGGUCGACCGCAUCUACCUGCACUUGCUGAGCUACCAGGUGGUGACCCUGUCGGGAGGCAGCUGCACCGUCUUGACGGCUUAUACCCCGUUGACGGACACGGCCACCAACACAGCCGACAUCAGCACCAACUCCGCAGCCGUCGCGGCUCUACAGGCUCAGCUGGGCGGCCUGCCCGCAGCGCCCGACCUGGCUCCCUACGCUCUGGCCGCCGACCUCGCGGCUGCCGAGGGUUCCAUCGCCGCCAACCAAUCAUCAAUCACGGCCCUGAACACCAGCCUGACGACGGGACUGGCCGGGAAGGCCAACCAAUCGGCUUUGGACGCCCUCCAGCUAGAGGUCGACGGCAAGAGCACCCCGGCUUCGGUGGACCUGAAGCUGGCCAACCAUCCCACGACGGCAGCGAUGAACUCGGCUAUUGCCAGCGCCGACAACGCGGUGUUGGCUUCUGUGGCGGCCACCUACGGCUUGAAAACCGUCACGGACCAGCUCGCCUUGGACGUGGCUGCGCGGCAAACCGCGGCCGACGUCGACCAGAAGAUUGACCAUGCGGCGGAUGUGGACCAAAAGAUAGCCACGGCCUUGCUGCCCUACACCGACGCCUCCGGCCUCAGUGCCGCCGUGGCCUUGAGGACCACCCCGGCCGACGUGGACCAAAAGAUAGCCCCGGCCUUGCUGCCCUACACCGACACUUCCGGCCUCAACACCACCGUGGCUUUGAGGACCACGCCGGCCGACGUGGACCAAAAGAUAGCAACGGCCCUCUUGACCUACGUGCAGCAGGCGGCCUUGGACGCCGCCUUGGCUCUUCGCGACGGCAGGCUGGACGCUGCGGAGGUGAGCAUAGCGACCCUGCAAGCUGCCGGCUACCAAACCUCGACCCAAGUCUCCAGCGCCAUCGCCGCGGCGCUUGUGGGCUACGCUACCACCGCGGACUUGGCGAACUACGCCACCAGCGCGGACCUCACCGCCACAGAGACCAGCCUGGAGUCGGCUAUCGACGCCAUUUUGGCCCAACUGGCUCUCCUCAGCACGGGCGGCGGGAACAACUUGAUCAACGUGCAAGCCUGGCCCGGAGAAGUCACCUGGGACCUGCUGGUGGGCACCAACACUCUCCGGAACCUGCACGUCGUUGCCCCGCUGUCCGCGAGCCUGCAGAACGACAGUUUCACUUUGUCCCUGACCUGCGACUCCUACUCGAAAGCCGAAUCGGACUCCAACCUGGCGGCCGCCCUUGUUCCGUAUUACACAAGCGCGCAAGUGGACGGUGCAAUCGCAGCGGUCCUCGUUCCCUACAGCACUACCGUUCAGAUGGAUGCCGCCAUCGCAGCAGCACUGGUGCCAUACAGCACCACAGUUCAGAUGGAUGCCGCCAUCGCGGCGGCCGUGGCCGGAAUCGACCUUAGCGCCUACUACACAGCUGCACAAACCGAUGCCGCCAUAGCGGCAGCUCUGGUGCCCGUGGCCCUCUCGAACGCGCCCGCUUGGGCGGGGAACACCACCUGGGAGCUGCUGAAAGGCAGCAACGUGAUCCGAAACUUGCACUUCGCGGGGCCUUUGGUGGCCACCCUGGUUAACAACACGGACACGUUGCAGAUCGAGUGCCAGGCCUAUAGCACGGCACAGACGCUCACGCAAGCCGAAACCAACGCCGCCAUCUCGGCAGCCAUCGACGCGCUGAACAUCACCCAGUACGUCGUUCAGGCGGACGUGGACUCCUCGAUUUCUUCGGCCCUGACCAACUACUGGGACCAGGGCGAAACCAGCAGCGAGAUCGCCAACCAGAUCUCCACGGCACUGGCCGGGUAUUACACCGACAGCCAGACGGACACCGCCAUCUCCGACGCCUUGACGCCCUACUACACCAGUGCCCAAACGGAUACUGCCAUCUCCGCCGCCGUCACCGGGGCGGGCUACCAGACCCAGGCGCAGGCCGAUGCCCGGUACUUCGUGGUGAACGGCAACGCAGGCGGCGGUGAUAUUAUACCCAUGGUGCUGGACCAGUUCACGCCGCGCAUGGUGCGCGCGCUGCUGCCGCGGGCGCCGCUAUCGGCCAACUUGAUUCUGGGGAACCAGGGCACCGUGGAGCUGGAGUGCGAUUGCUGGAGCAAGGGGGAAAGUGACGCGCGCUACUUCUCGAACACGGACUUCACGACGCUGGACAACCGCUACUACAUGAACAACGGCAACAACGAGGCCGGAGGGAUCUUCCAGCUGAUGCUCACUCAGUUCAACCCCAGAAUCAUCCGCGCACUCCUCCCGCGGGCCCCUUUGACGGCCACGCCCAUCCUGGGCAACGGUGCUACAUUGGAGCUGGAGGUCGACUGA